GUGGCCAUCAUCUUGUGUUGUUCUACUGGCUGCUCCUGGAAGCCUGUGUCUUUCAAGCCACCUGCCCGGGCCCUUCAUCAGCUGCUUAGCUGUGCCAGGUCUUAUUAGGCUGAUCCUGUCAUCCCACGGUGGGGAGCCCCCUCCUGCCAGCUCCAGAUGCCUGGAGGCCAGCCCCAGACCAGGCACUAGCUGUGACUGGCCCAGUGCCCUGUGCCCAUUUGUUGCUGGAAGGACAGACUGGGCGAGCGGCUGAACAUCCCAUGCCCCCAGGACGAGGAUGCAGCGCUGGAAGGCGGCAGCCUUGGCCUCAGUGCUGUGCAGCUCCAUGCUGUCCAUCUGGAUGUGUCAAGAGGGCCUGCUCUUCAGCCACCGCUUCAGACCCUCACUAGUCCCCCUUCACCGCCUGCCUCGCACCCUGGACACCCGGAUCAACCGCCUGGCCCAGUACCGUGCACUGCUGCAGGGCGCCCCGGACGCGGUAGAACUUCGCGAGCUGACGCCCUGGGCGGACCGGCCUUCAGGACCCCGCCGUCGGGCGGGGCCUCGGCGGCGGCGCGCGCGUCCGCGGUCCGGGAUGCGACCAUGCGGGUUGCGUGAGCUGGAGGUACGCGUGAGCGAGCUGGGCCUGGGCUACGCGUCGGACGAGACCGUGCUGUUCCGCUACUGCGCAGGCGCGUGUGAGGCGGCCGCGCGCGUCUACGACCUGGGACUGCUGCGCCUGCGCCAGCGCAGGCGCUUGCGGCGGGAGCGGGUGCGCGCGCAGCCCUGCUGCCGCCCGACGGCCUACGAGGACGAGGUGUCCUUUCUGGACGAGCGCAGCCGCUACCACACAGUGCACGAGCUGUCGGCGCGCGAGUGCGCAUGCGUGUGACCCUACCUCACGGAGCCCGACGAGACGGAGGCCACAACCCCUGUCCCGACGGCGCCCCGACAGCACUCUUGGUCCCACCCGGCCAGCCCCGCUGGUCGCUGUCCAUGCGCGGUGGAUGCCGUCGAGGCCACUGGACUCUCGCGAUAACUUUUGAGAUAAAAGUGUGGGGAAAUUGAGCCCGGCUUGUGAUUAACGUUCUUGAGCUAGUGAGCGUGUGUGGGGAGAGGGCGCCAGCUCUGUUAGGGAAAGGGGGACCCAUUUUCCCUGGCGUGUCCACAUCUGCACCUCUCUGCUAUGUGUGCUUCUGAGAAGGAAGAAGGGAGAGCCCGUCUGCAGAGGAGACUGAAGUCUAGGUGGAUCCAGGCCUCCUUUACCCAAAGGGUCUCCUCUGUCCCGGUCCGCCCCCACCAGGGUGAACUGGAAUCCACUAUAUCCUUUCACCAGCUAAAAAUACCCUCUGGCUGCCUACCUCCCAGGCAGAGAGAGACCUGGGGCGGGCGCCAGCCCCGUCCAGCCCAAAGCCAGCGCCUCCUAGGGGAAAGCUGGAUCCCCAGGGACGUAGGUCCUGGGCCAAUAAAAGCCUGGUCCGGCCUCGACCAGGGUGGGGAUUUAUAACCAGCCCCCGUG